AUGGAAGUCUGCAUGUGCCUUGGGGAGCAGGGAAAAAAGCAGAGUAUUGUGGGCAGUGUGCGUGUUUAUCUGCGUAAUUAUCAGUGCUUAUUUUUUUCGUUCGCAGCUUGCACAAGAUUGUUUUUAAACCAAACAACAUAUGCGACGGGGUCUGAACCAUACUCACUAACAGUCGCUGAUUUCAAUGGCGAUACCAACACUGAUUUGGCUGUGAUUAAUGCCAACGACCGCACUGUGAGUAUACUACUUGGCACUGGAACAGGGGCAUUUUUAAACCAAACAACAUAUGCGGCUGGGUCUCAACCAUACUCAAUAACAUCCGCUGAUUUCAAUAACGAUACCAAGGUUGAUUUAGCUAUCGUUAAUCUCGGCGAAAACACUGUGAGUAUCCUACUUGGCACUGGAAUGGGCACAUUUUUAAACCAAACAACAUAUGCGACUGGAUUUGGUCCAACCUCAGUAAUAGCCGCUGAUUUCAAUAACGAUACCAAGGUUGAUUUUUGA